AUGUCCUGCCCACCACCUCGCCCGCGACUUCGAGACCUCAACUGCGAGACAGACAUUAUGACGACAGCAUGGAUUGUCAACCAGCUCCGCCAGUGCAGCUCGAACAUAGCUCGCGCGAUCGUUGAUGCUGAUGGCGUUGUCAAGCAGCUCUGGAUUCCUAAGCAGCUCCGGAAAGGAUCAGCUGAGGAAGAGCUGCUUGAGCAAGAGUACAAGGAGUACCCGGGUUUCAAGAUGUCCAUGGGGCAGCAGAUGUCGGAACAGGAGCUACGGGAGCAACUUCAGCUUGCGGAGAAGAUAAUUGCUUUGCGGAAGGAGAAGAAGAGAGAGAGCGAGGCGAGCCCAGCUCGGAGAAGCACCACCCCCUCGAAGAGACAGCGGAGAUGUUGGACCCCUUUUGCCCUGUUACCGGAACACGCCAAGUUCACGGAGGUCUGCAAGAGAUGCAAGACUACGCUCCUGCUCGACCUCGUUUCUGACGACGACUCGGAUCAUGGAAUUUCAGCCAAUUCUGCCCUAACCCCUGUUUCGCCUGUCGCUAUACCUCCUGCCCAACCUAGCCAGUCUGUCCAGCCUACCCAGUCGACUCCUGAUAUUACAACUACCCCUCGUCCAUCUCAAGCGGGGCAGGCACUUACUGGGUUCAACAAAGCUCACUCAACUGCUCUUGCCGAACGCAACUCUCCAAACCCAAACGUCAAGCCUGUUCAACCUUCUCCAGUUGUGAUCUCAAUUACACUGGAGGUCUUCGCUGUGGAUGUGGAUGUUGUCACCAUCGGGGGGCAGGAGACUCGUCGAUGGACUGAAGUUGGCUCAAUCAGCUCUUGUCUUCCAGUCCAAGUGCCUCUUGAUCAGCACUUUGCCAAUCACGAACACAUUAUCCGGUACUUGCUUGACAAUGCCUGCAGGGCCAAGAAGUUUGCACCAUCUGAGUUUCGAUUCAUCGGCAAACUCUCAGCUGGCAAGAACAAGAAAGUAUCUGAGGUGACUAGCCUUGAUCCAGAGAGGCCUGUCACAUUCCGUGACCUUCACAAUGCAACAACAAAUAGGGGGAAUGUCAAGCCUGAUGAGAAUGUGUCUCUGUAUCUCUUCAAGGAGAAACUAUACCCUGUCGUACGGGAGGAAAGGGAGGACCUAGCUGUCAAGAAGACAGCAAAACGUGCUCGAUCAGAUACCCAGGGGUUAACAGCCAUUGCGUCAAGCUCGAAGCUUGUGGGGGGUCUUUCUGUCUUGUCGAAGAAGGCUAGGUUAGAGCAGGACAAGGUGACAAAGAAGGAUCAGGAGGAAAGAGUUAAGGAGGAGCCUGAGACUAGCGAGUCUGAAGCCAAUGAUGACAAGCUGAUCGGUACAAUUAAGGAUGAUCUAACCGGAAGAAGCUUGAUGCGCAAGACGUGGCGUAAUGUGGCUGAAUACAAUCUUAUUCCCGUUGUUGCAUGCGAAGUGGAUUAA